GCAGGUACAACUGUUUGUCAGGGUUCGAAAUCGCUUCCGCUUCGACCAUCAACGGGCACACACCAGUGUAUUUCAACGGAAGUUGUCAUCGCCAAAUUGCUUCGCAAACGAACCAUCAACAAAGCCACGACAACGCAUCAACGACUCUUACCACAACAAUACCCCCAACGAAACGCUCAUACUCCGUCCCAAAUUCUCCUCCAACAAUCUCACUUUAACGCCAUGUUAAGCCAACUUCGAUUGCCAUUUCGUCAUCUGGCUCAAAAUGGCCUAGGCGUGCUCACUCCUCUCCGCCAAAGCUCCUCUGUAGAUUUUGUGCCUCCUCAGACCUUUGCCAAUCCGGCAGGAACAGAGAAAUGGCACGAGAAAGUAUCCGUUCCCGGAGGACAGGAUAGCUUCAUUUUUCCCGCCUUUAAUAAGCGUAUCCAUCCGCCUGUUUUAGAUCAGCACGGUCAGCUGCUCGUUCGCCCCGCUUACUGCUGCCACAUGCGCACCAUGAUUAAAUAUUCCCAAAAAAAGCUCUGGUAUAUCGCCUCGUUUGUGCGAGGUCUGACCGUGGAAGAGGCCUUGAAACAGUUGACCUAUCGUCACAUGAACGCCAAAGGGGCAAUGAUCGUCUCGGACAUCAUCCGAGAAGCCCAGGAGUUGGCUGUCCAGGAGCACAAUGUUGAGUUCAAGACGAAUUUGUGGGUGGCAGAGUCGUUUACGGAGAAGGCUGAAAAGGUCAAAGGUAUGCGAAGGCACGCUCGAGGGCGAAUGGCCUUGCUGGAUUUCGAGUUUCAGAACUACUUUGUGCGGCUAGAGGAGGGCGCACCGCCCAAAGAUUACUAUGAAUGGCGAAGAGAGAAACGACCCGAAGAGCUUCUGGAGAAUUAUGUGGCUGAACAAAGAAAACGAACCAUCGUGUUCCAACAGUAAAGUUAUAUUUAAAUACAUCCUUUUUCCUCGAGUGUUCAA